GUUUGAUGAGUCUUUCCAUGAGAUAUCAUUUUCAUUUAAUUAAAUUAGCACACUUCUGUGUGGAUUUCUAUUCCUUAACACCCCUUUUUAUGAAACAACAGGGCAAGGCCAGGACUAGAAGAUGGUGCUGGGAUUUGAAGUAUAAUGCAAACGCAAUUGCUACAGUAGACGAGACACAUAAACAAAAGAAAGAAGGGGAAGAAAGAUCAUGGUCUGAUCUGUACCAGAGCUUCUAGUUUUAAUUCAAUCACGUCUUUUUGCAGGAUACUAUUGUACCUUUCGUGCCGUUUGCAAAUCCUGGCAAUCAAUUACACUGUCGCUCCUUAUGCCAAUUCAUGAUUCUCCACCCUUCGGAUCGCCAUGUUUGAUGUUCUUGAAUAAAAAGAACCGUUUAUUCAAUUUCUUUGAUCCAACACGAAAUGCUACUUAUCAGGCGGACAUCCCAGAACUAGUAGAUGCAAAUAUCCGCUGCUCAAAGGAAGGUUGGCUGCUCAUGUGUCAAGGUGAUGAAACUGUUUUUUUCUUCAAUCCCUUCUCAAAGGAGAAAAUAAAACUUCCAGACAUACCUAUAUGCUAUGCGUUCACUACAAUGUGUUUCUCUACGCCGCCAACUUCAUUAGAUUGUCAGGUAUUUGGUAUUGAAAGUAUUGGUUAUGAUACAGUUAGUAUUGGCACAUUUAAAGUUGGCGACGGGUCUUGGACGAUUAAUCUGUAUGUUGUGUAUGGUGAUGGGAGGCAGGUUGACGUACUUAAGCUGGAUUUGAAGAAGGCGGCUUGGCAUGAGGUGCAGAGUUUGGGAGACAAAAUGAUGUAUGUUUGUCACUUUGGAUCCUUCCCAGAAAAGGCUGUGGUGAGAGGAUCAAGUAACAAGGAAAGAUUUCUACAGCACCAAAGAGAUGAAGCAACUGCACUUGGAUUACCCCAUGCUGAUAAAGAGAUUGUAGUACAGAUGAUCAUAUGGUGA